UAUAUACACACCCCCAAAUCUUUUGCAUCCCUUACUGUCCUUUGAUUUCUUUCAUUUCCCAUUCUUCCCUCAAUCUCCUGUUAUAAUUCAUCAAGAAUAUAUCAUUGGUUUCAGUUCUUACUUGUUACUAAUCAGUGUAAACUCCUGAUUAUAAAUUAUAUUCAGGGCUUAGCGUUAAGCUAUGUCAGGGAAGAGAUUUUUCGAUUUACUUUUACUAAUCCUUGUGCUGCUCAUAGGGACAAAGGGAAAUCUUUGUGAAGCUCGCUCAACAGGUUUUGCUUAUGUUACAACAAACGGGACUCGUUUUGUUCUAAAUGGGAAUUCGGUGUACUUAAACGGCUUCAAUGCUUAUUGGCUCAUGUAUAUGGCAUCUUUCCCUGACAAUAGGGACAACAUCACUGCUACUUUCCAACUUGCAGCAAAGUCUGAAAUGAAUGUGUUAAGAACUUGGGCAUUCAGUGAUGGGGUUGAACGAGCCCUUCAGACUUCUCCUGGUGUUUACAAUGAGGAAAUGUUUGAGGGAUUGGACUUUGUAAUCUCAGAAUCCAGAAAAUAUGGACUACCUCUGAUAUUGAGCUUGGUGAACAACUUUGCUGAUUAUGGUGGAAGAAAACAAUAUGUGCAAUGGGCUAGGGAGAGUGGCCAGACCUUGGAGAACGAUGAUGACUUUUAUACAAACCCUGUCGUCAAACAAUACUACAAAAAUCAUGUCAAGGCCAUUCUCACAAGAGUCAACUCGAUAAUUGGGUUACCGUAUAAAGAUGAUCCGAUGAUUUUUGCAUGGGAACUAAUCAAUGAACCUCGUUGCGAAACUGAUCCCUCUGGCAGAUUUGUUCAGGAAUGGGUGAGAGAAAUGGCAGCAUUUGUUAAGUCCAUUGAUAGUAACCAUUUGCUGGAAAUAGGCCUUGAAGGAUUUUAUGGGGAUUCAAUACCACCGAGAAGGGAGUUCAAUCCUGGCAAUGUACUUGUUGGGACCGAUUUCAUUUCCAACAAUCAGUUACCAGGAGUUGAUUUUGCCACAAUUCAUCUCUAUCCGGAUCAAUGGUUAACGAGUUCAAAUGAUUCUGUUCAAGCUGCUUUUGUGGAUAAAUGGAUUGAAGCACACAUUGAAGACUCACAAUCAGUAUUACAAAAACCACUGGUUUUGGCUGAGUUUGGCAAAUCAUCAAAGCUCCCAGGGUACACCCAGGAUCAGAGGGACAAGUAUUUUGCAAAGCUUUAUGAAGAUAUCUACAACAGCUCAAGUAAUAGGGGCCCAUUGGUAGGUGGGAUUUUCUGGCAGGUCCUUGCCCAAGGAAUGGAUAGCUUUAGGGAUGGUUAUGAAGUUUUAUUAGAGGAGAGCCCUUCAACCACUAGUGUUAUUGCUGCACAAUCAAGCAGGCUAAUGGCUCUCAAGUAAAAAACAUAACUUUCUCCAUUACAAUGAAUUUUGUAUAGAAAAUAAAAUAUCAUAGUUUAAGCAUAAAAUUUAAUAAAAAGAAAUGAAAAUUUA